AUGAAGUUUUUGUGUUGUCGCUCGUCACUGUGUCAAUCAAAGUGGAAUUUUGAUCUUACUAACAAAAAUUCUAAAGCUGCGAACAAUAAAAAUGAUAAUAAUGAGCAACAGAUUUACAGAAGAUUGUCGAAUGUUCGUAGAGACGAUAUUUUCGGUGAGCAAGUUAGAGUUUCGAGCUCGACUCCUAUUGUUUACCAAAAAGACACUGAAACAAAGUCAAGAUUGAGAAGUGCGAUCAAGAGCAACGAGUUUUUGAGCAAUUUUAAUGACAUGCAAGUGGAUACAAUCAUCAGUGCAAUGUAUUCGCAGGACAUUCCGCCAAACACCCGGCUGAUUAAUGAAGGAGAUGAUGCAUAUCAUCUUUAUGUAUCUGAGGAAGGUGUUUUUGAUAUUUACAAGGGAAAUAAAUAUCAAGGGACUUUUGGGCCCGGUGUUGUGUUUGGAGAACUUGCUUUGCUGUACAAAGCUAAAAGAUUUGCUUCUAUUGAUGUGAAAAAAGGAGGAAAAGUUUGGGUAUUGGACAGAAAAUCAUAUCAAGCCUCCAUGAAAGAUGAUAUUGAGCGAAUAACUGAAGACAACAUUGAAAUGCUCCGGAAAAUUUCAUUUCUUCGUGAUCUCUCUAAUCAUGUUUUAAGAAAAAUUUCAGAUUUGAUGUACGUGAAAUUUUUUCCCGCUGGAACUUAUAUCUUGGAUGAAGGAGACACUAAUGACAAAUUUUUUAUCAUAAACUGUGGACAUGUCAAAGUAAUGAAGCUGAGUGAUGGUCAAGAAAUAGUAAUUUCUGAGUUGUACAAAGGAGAGUACUUUGGAGAGAAGACACUCUAUGCUAAUGAAAAUAAUAUCAGAAAAGCUAGUGUUGCAAGCUUUGUCGCUGCAAGUCCGGGUGUUGAGUGUUUAAUUAUUGAUAGGAAGACUUUUUUAAAUUACCUUGGAGAUUUGGAAUCUAUAAAGAAGCGAGAUUGGACUGCUGAGUAUGAAGAACGUAAGAAAUCUCUGAAGAUUAAAUGGAAACCCGAGUAUCCAGAUCUUCAGUUAACGGAUUUGGAUAUCAAUGCUGGAAUUGGUAGAGGAAGUUUUGGGCUGGUGCUGUUAGUUACUAGCAAAUCUAUUCCGGACAAAAGCUUUGUGUUGAAGAAAAUUUCUAAGACUCUGGUCAGCAAGCUUAAUUACCAAAAGUAUAUUUUGAAUGAAAAAUUUGUGAUGCAAGCUUGUGAUUCUCCAUUUAUAUGCAAGUUAUAUCAAACUUUCAAAGAUCCUAAGUAUGUUUACUUAUUAAUGGAAGCAUGUCUGGGUGGUGAUGUUCGCACAAUGCUUUAUAGAAAUGGGAAGUUCAACAAUACAACGGCAAGAUUUGUAACAGGAUGUAUUAUUGAAGCUCUAGAUCAUUUGCACUCGCUGGACAUAAUUUCCCGAGAUUUGAAGCCUGAUAAUAUCUUACUAGACAAUUAUGGAUAUGCUAAAUUGUCUGAUUUUGGUACGAGCAAAAGGACAGGUCCUUACAAAACGUGGUCGUUUGUUGGGACAUCUGAAUACAUGGCUCCAGAGUUGAUUUUGAUAGAAGGCCACGACAGGUGGUUCAAAAUGUUUGAUUGGAAAUCAUUGAGGACCAGAAUAAUGCGCUCGCCUUUAGAAACAAAGAUAUCAAGUCAUUUGGACAUUAAAAACUUUGAGAAGUUUCCCGUGGAGCGAGAAAAUACUGCCAAUGAUUUAUCCGGAUGGGACGCCGAUUUCUAA